GCAGGUGGAGCCGACGAUGCGGAUCCAUACCGCCGCAAUCGCCGCCACGGCGACCGUCGCAUCAAUGGUGACAGCGCUUACCCCCAAAGAAGAGUAUCUGAUCUUCGAGGAUGACUUCGACUCGGGCUUUGACUUGUCCGUGUGGAAACACGACAUCACGUUGGGCGGGAACGGCAACCGCGAGUUUGAGGUGUAUGUGAACAGCCGCAACAACUCGUACGUGAAAGAUGGCAAGCUUCACUUACGUGCGACGUUGACGGACGAAGCGUACGGUCGCGACAGCAUCGAGGGCGGCGUGAUGGAUCUCUGGGGAACGUCUCCGUACAGCUCAUGCAGCUCCCCUCAAUUUGCAGGAUGUCGCAAGGAAGCCAAUGGUUUCGAUAUUUUGCCGCCGGUGCAAAGCGCGCGCAUUCAGACGAUGGAGAGCUUUUCGUUCAAGUAUGGACGAGUAGAAGUUCGAACGAAAUUGCCGCGGGGCGACUGGCUCUGGCCAGGCAUUUGGAUGAUGGCCAAAGAUAACCGGUAUGGCCCGUGGCCGUCGUCUGGUGAGCUCGAUAUCAUGGAAUCGCGAGGGAAUGGCCCGGACUACAAGGAUGACAAGGGCGACCCAAUUGGGAACAAUCGAUUUUCUGCGUGUUUUCACUUUGGUCCGGCAUGGAACAAGGACGGGUACCCCGUCGCCGUGAACGACACGAAGGCGUUGCCAAACCACCGCAGUUAUGGUGACGAGUUCCACACAUUUGGGUUUUACUGGGACGAAGACGAAAUGUACGCCUACGUGGACAAGCCCGAAAACGUGGUCACUCGGGUCGCCGACUACGGCAAGAAAUCCUUUUGGGACAUUGGGCUCGAAUCCGGCGCGUGGAACGCCAGUGAUUCAUACAACAACUUCCAGGAAGGUCCAAUCAACGCGCCAUUCGACCAGGAAAUGUACUUGAUCAUGAACGUCGCGGUGGGCGGGACGUCGAUUGCCAAGGGUUUCCUUGAUUCAGGGUACUUUCCCGACGGACAAGGCAACAAGCCGUGGCACACCAACGAUUCGUUCCCGGCCGCCAACUUUUACCACCAAAAGGACAAAUGGUUUCCAUCGUGGACGACCAACGAAGACAUGACGACGACAACGUCUGGCCGCAGCAGCGAUUUCUCCGCAAUGCAAAUCGACAGCGUCAAGGUGUGGGGUAUUCGUGGCUUGACCACCUCAACGAAGUCCAAGAACGAGAUUCAUCGCUACGACGACAAGACGACUGCGACGACUACGAUGGACUGCUCGGCGACGUGCCCGCAUGCCAGCUCUGUCCCGACCUGUUUGGAACCAUCGACAUCGACGUGCUUUGCCACGACAUCUGCGUGUUUUCCUGGCACGACCCCGUGUGCCCUCCCUGCUGAGCGACUUGUGUUCCACGAUUCGUUUGACGAAGACCGAUUGGACUUGACCAAGUGGCAGCACGAGAUCACGAUGACGGGCGACCGAACGUCGUUCAUGCACAUGUCGACGGAAGAUCCGACAAAUUCCCACGUGAAGAACGGGCGACUUGUGAUCAAGCCGACGUUGAGCGCCCCAGUCGUCGGUUUUCUCGACAACAGCACGGUCGACUUGUGGGGCACAUCCCCGGCGAACCAGUGCACGUCCAACUACAAUUUUGGGUGUCUCCAGACGGGGAAUGCCGAGAAAAUUCUCCCGCCGAUCCGGUCCGCUAUGCUGCGCACGGAAAAGAGCUUUAGCUUCCGCUACGGACGUGUCGAAGUUCGUGCUAAAAUCCCCACGGGUCAAUGGCUCCGCCCGGUGUUUCGACUGCUCCCCAAAUUUGACAGCUACGGCGAGUGGCCUCAAAGUGGUGAAAUCGUCUUGUUCGAAGGACGUGACGAAGGCCGCGCCGUGGAAAGCCGAGUGCAUUUUGGCCCAUUCAACAUGUCGACUGGAUCAUCUCGGCAAGUGACCCCUCUUCCAGCUCCUGCCGCGACGAACGUUGGCAGCGAGCAAUCCGACGAUCGCGAUGCAUUUCACGUGUACGGACUGUUCUGGGACGAAUCGGACUUGUACAUGUACGUGGAUUCCCGGGACAACAUUGUGAGUCGCGUCGAAGGCUACGGCACCGCGUCGCUUUGGAAGUCGCAAUGGGGAGACAACGAGUCGUCCCCGUACCGUGAGCAGCGUGUGCAGGCCCCGUUCGACCAGCACUUUUACCUGAGUCUCGGGCUGCGUGUUGGCGGGAACGACGGGUUCUUUCCCGACAACAUAGGCAACAAGCCAUGGAAUGAUACGUCGACGCGCCACAAAGAGACGUUUGACAAGGCGCUGAAUGAAUGGAGCCCGACGUGGAAUGCCAAAGCGGACUCGUCAUCGCUAGAAAUCGACCAAGUGUCGGUGUGGGCAACGUCGACAGCGAGCAGUUGGACGUACCAUGGGGCGUUUGACCGGGAGCCGGAACCCGAGGCGGAGAAGCUGUUGUUUUCUGACAGCUUUGCCACGUUGGACAUGCGCCGCUGGAAGCCCGAGAUCACCAUGAACACGGGGGGCGAGUUUCAAAUGUACGUCAACCACCGACAAGUUGGAUUUGUCCGAAACAAGACGCUGCUGCUGCGACCAGCGCUCAGCUCCGAUAUUAUUGGGAACUGGUCGCUCUUUCAAGGAUACAUUGACAUGUGGGGCACCGACUUGCCUAGCAAGUGCACGGCGGCGGCCGCGUCCGGGUGCGGUCACUUGAACACUCCGCAGGACAUGGCGCCGCCGAUUCACAGUGCGUCGUUCCGCACCGCCGAAUCGUUUUCUUUCCGCUAUGGGCACGUCCAAAUCACAGCCACACUGCCCGCACAUGCCGACUACCUGCUCCCCCGCCUGCGCCUCAUUCCGUUGACGUCGGGCCAUGCGUGGUUGGACAUUGCUGUCACUCGUACGCUCCCGCAGCACCACAAGACAACGCAGACCGUGGCAACGGGGUAUUGCACAAAUGCCACGAGUUGUGAUGUCGCGUAUCAUGAGAUUGAGCCGCAUUCGACCCAUGUCUACGGUGUGAUUUGGGACGCCACCGAUGUGGUUGUGUACCUGGACACUCCAUCCCAUGUCGUGUGGCACCGUCCGACGCCGCCCAGCAUGCAUGAAGACAUGUUUUUGGUCGCGCAAGUCGGCGUCGGUGGCAUCAGCUCCCUCCCGCACUAUGCGUUUGGGACGUUCAACAACCAAGAUCCAAGUGCAGCCUUGCCCGUGCCGUGGAAUGCGUCGGCGCCGUACCCCCACACGCAAUUUUACCGCGCCAAGGAUCAGUGGUGGCCAUCAUGGGCGAACAAAACAUUGAACGAUGGGCACACGGUUGGGGAUCACUCAGCGCUGCAAGUUCACGCUGUCCAUGUGUGGUCGGUGCGAGGCACCAAGUGGCGGGCGCAUCGUGUCGUGGGCGAUCCAGACGUCGCGGCAUCGCUUGUUCAAGUCAAGUCCCCGACUGCCAAGCACGAGAAAGUCGUGGCAUUUACGGCGGCGUACACUGGAACAAUCCCAUUGCCAGAUCAUUCCCUCGUCGACAAACUGAAAGCGUCGCUGGCGGGCCUGUUUCCUGGCUCGCACCACACGUUGUACGGGCCAGUCGUGCGAGGCGGAAACGUCAUCACGGCAACAGUACAAUUUGAUCCGACGCCGUCGACAGCAAUCAAGGAAAACACUGCGGCCAGGGGAGAAUUCAAGCUCGAGGAAACCCAAGCGUUGGUGCAGCUUCACUCGCAAGGCCCAGACUCAACAGUCGACAUAUCGUCGCCGCGUCGUACGUGGCUGUGGGUCGUGGGAGGCGGUCUUGUCUUGGCCGGCGUCUUGCUGUUCGCGGUGUCGGUGGGGACCAAAAUCUUGCGUCGUCGAAUGUACACCUCGAUCCCAGAGCGAGUCUUGUAGACAUCACUUGCACCGGGUUGGACUACCUGUGCCUUCCCACUCGACGACUGUGUUUGCAUUGUAAAGAAUCCGAAUGACCAAAACUUGAUGUCAGGAA